AAAAUUGACAAAAUGUAGCACAAAAUUGAAGAAUAUCAAUAUAGAGUAGGAAUGAUCUAUUUUGGAGAAAAAUAUCCGUGUUUUUAAAUGACCAGUAAGAAUUAUUUGUUUCUCAUACCCCUCCCUCAAUGUAAUUGCAGAUGGGGACUGGGACAAACCUGUCACGAAAAAUAAAUAUGGCGUCCGGAGAUCUGUGAUUUGGAGAGAUCAAAGGGGAUUUCUUUUCAUAAUUCUGUCGAUUUUUACCUUUAAAACUCGGAGGUAGUAGGAAGACAAGCAAUUAUGAAUGUGAUUUUGGCAGUCAAGCAGUAUGUUACAAAGAUGAUCGAGGAUAGUGGUCCCGGGAUGAAAGUCCUUCUUAUGGACAAGGAGACGACAGGUAUAGUGAGUAUGGUGUAUACUCAAAGUGAGGUUCUACAGAAAGAGGUUUAUCUGUUUGAGAGGGUUGACACCAGCGGACGAGAAACCAUGAAGCACUUGAAGGCGAUCUGUUUCUUGAGACCAACAAGGGAGAACAUUGAACAUCUUUGCAGUGAACUGAAAAAUCCUAAAUAUGGAGUAUAUUAUUUGUGUAAGUGUUACAUAGUUAUAAUUAUGUAUAAUUAUUAUACAUCUGAGUGCCCAAAGUAAAAUCUUUCUGAUAUUAAUUUAAUUUUCCUGUGCUGCAAAGUAUUCUGAACAGCAACUACAACAACAACAACAACCUUUAUUUGUACUCUCUCACACUAUAAUACUAAUGCCUGAAAUGCAUGCAAAAAUCUUUUGAAUUAAUUGCAUAAACUUUAUUUGUAAAGCCUGUGGAAAAAAAUUCACAUGUGAUGGACUUUGUAAAAUGUAUACAAUAGAAUGAUAAUUACUGUAGUAGUAAACAAACAGUAAACAAAGUGAUUUGUUAGUUCCAAAAAGAAAUUGUUAUUAAUUCCACCGCAGACUUGCU